AUGUUCCAGAGACUUAAAGCUCAAAUAGAUACUCGUAUCGAAGAAGAAAAGGCACGAUUGAACGCAACCAAUCCCAAUCUUCAGAGAUCUGCCUCUACAUCCUCGACUUCGAGACGACCCGCCAACGAAUCUCCUUCAAGAAAGCCACGCAAGCCACGGCCAAAGGAUGAUAAUGAGAUAGGUGGCAGAGACCCAGAUCCGACAGAGUUUGAAUCUACUUUUGUAAUUGAAGACGAUUCUGAAUCUUCAACUCGAAUUGGGACAAUGGCGGGAGAUGCGAAUAAGUCGUCGGACGGCAGUUCUCCUGCAACUAAUGGCAGUGAAAAGACAACAAAUGCCACUCUAGGAGCUUCUGCUGAGCUUUCAUCAAUAGAAGUCGAGAAGAAGUUGCGAAAGCUGGAAAAGAUUGAGGGUCAAUAUAAGAUUCUCCUCGAUUCAUAUCGAACUGCACAUGCUCGUAACAAGUUUAUUGAACCUUUCGAAAAAGUCCUCAAGGAGUAUACACCUAUUGGCUCCAUUCAGGAGCCUGAUUUGUUAGCUGGAUAUCUCAAUGCACAGAAAGAAGAAGGCAGGUUGGUGAAGGAAGAACUUGCACGUGUAACUGCAGAUCGCGACGAUCAAAAAAGGAAGUACCUGGAGUCUGGAAAGAAAAAUCUUAGUCUGUGGGACGAGCUCAAAACGCUUCGAAAAGCAUCUACUAUUGGCGACAGUCCCACCACGGAUUCCACAGAAACUCCAGAAAAGAAUACAAAAGAGGAAGUUUCCUCGCACGACGAUGAACUACCAAAAUUGCAAUCGGAGAUCAAAGCUAAGUCGACAGAAAUCGAUGACUUGAAAUCAAAAUUAUCUUCAUCAGAAAAGGAUCUUUCCUCUGCUAAAGAAUUGGCUUCUGGGCUAACCCAGGAUUUGGAAAAAGUAAAAAUUGAGUUGAAUGAUUCUAUCAAGGAGGUUAAGAAGGCUACCGAUCUUGCCCAGUCCCGCCAAGAACAACUAAAUGCCAAGGAGGGAGAGAAUAAAAGACUCAGUGAAAAGGUACAAGCAACCGAGAAACAGCUUGCCGAAGCCAAGAAGUCCUCAGAGAUUGAACAGGAAAAGCAUUCGGAGAGUAUAGACAAAUUGAAUCUCGCUGAAGAACAGCUUGCCGAAGCCAAGAAGUCUUUGGAAACUCAAAAGGAAGAGCAUUCAGAAAGAUUGAGUAAAUUGAAAUCUGCGGAAACUGAAAAAGCCAAACUUGAGGAGACCUUGGAAAAUCAAAAGAAGCUGAGCUCAGAUAGUUAUUCAGUUCUACAAUCGCAACUCAGAGACCAAACUUCCAAAGCAGAGAAAAAGCUCAAGUCUGAGUUGGAUGCACGUAAAGAAGCUGAAAAUCAAAUUAAGCUCCUCAACAAUCAGAUCAACCAACUUAAUGAAUUCAAGAAGAAAGAAUUAAAAUCUCAAUCUGACAUCCGAAAAGAAGCUGAACAACAGAAGAAGGACCUCGAUGCACAAAUUGAAGAGCUUACCAAAUCAAGGGAUCUCAAAACUAAGCGCAUUGAAGAGCUUGAGAAUGAGAUCGAACUGAUCAAAUCCAACGAGGCAUCUCCAGCAAAUGAAGACCCACCUACAUCCGAGCCAGCCGCAGCCUCGACACCGGGACCUUCUGCAUCCAGUAAGAAGAAGACGAAGAAGAAGGCCAAGAAACCUGCCACUACCUCUGCUAAUCAAGAACCUACUUCUGUCUCUGGGAGGGCACCUGGUAUCGAUACUGGUUUCUUGCAAGCUGAAAUCAAUCAACUCAAAGCCCAGAUUGCUGACAAGGAUAAGCAAAUAGAGAAAUUACAGGCUAAGCGCAAGACAGAGGAUGUUCUCAGGGAGGAGAUUGAGGAUCUCCAAGAUAAUCUACUCCUCAUUGGUCAAGAAUGUGUAGUCGCUAAGGACAAAAUCAAGGAACUUCAGGCAGAGAAAUCUGACCUUGAGGAGAAAGCAAACAAGUUAGAGGCCGAGAUACAGGGUCAAGAAAAUGGCAAGACAGCUUCAGACGAAACGGAAAAAGAGAUAACUGCUCUAAAAGAGCAGCUUGCCACAGUGGAGUCUAAGCUACAGGCCCAGCUUGAUUCCAACGUUGAGGCUGAAGAAAAAUUGACUAGAUUGCAAGAAGAGAAGGCUGCUCUUGAAGAAAAGGUUGAAAGGUUAGAAUCUGAGAUCGAAACUCACAAGACAGCUUCAGCCAACCUAAAGUCUGAAAUCGAAACCCACAAAGACGCUUCAGCCAAACUACAAGAAGAAAAGAUUGCCUUUGAAGAAAAGUUCGGCAGCUUAGGAUCCGAAGUCGAAAGCCACAAGAAGACUUUAGUCAAGUUGGAGGAAGACCUCAAGAACAAAACAUCCGAGUGUGAAGAAUUAGAGUCGAAGUUCAGGACGAUGAAAAAGGAUCUUGGUGCCUCUGAGCAAUUGGCCACAUCACGUUAUAAGGAGAUCACGGACUUGAAACAAAUCCUAGAGAGUGCUCAACCCGAAAUGAAGAACCUGCGCGCCGAGAAUGCAACAUUGAAGAGUACGAAGGACGAGUUGAACGCCCGUGCUUCUGAAUUGAGAAGAUUAGAAGCACGCGAGAAAGAUUUGAAGGGUGAAAUUACUAGCUUCAAGAAGCAAACAUCUGAGAAGGAUGAUGAGAUCCGAUCUUUGAAUGAGAAGGUUGUUCAAGAGACGAAUGGCCGACUUCGAGCCGAGAAUGAAGUUUCCACCGCACGUCGUGAUCUACGAAUGUCCGAGGCCGCAAAGGUUCAAUUGGCAGCUUCAGGCGAAAAGGCCAGGGGAGAACUAUCCAAGGUCCAAGAAGAAACCGGAAAGUUACGUACUCAUGUUCAAGAACUCGAAGGACAGGUUUCAAAACUAUCUACUGAGAAUAAAGAGCUUCGUGAGGUGGUCGAAAUAAGAGGUUCUGAAUACAAGAACGUGCAAGGAAUGCUUGAUAGCUUGAAAAGUCAAGAGGCAGAGCUGAUUGCACAAUUGAAGCAGAAGAGAGAAGAGGCAGAAAGUCUUGAAGAGGAACUCGGCGACGCUCAAAGAAAUCUGAACGACCGAGUUCGCGAGUGUGAGACUAUACGUAGACUCAUGGCCGUCGAGAAAGAGGAGAAAGGAAGAGCUGAAGCCAGAGUUCGGGAAAUGAGAGAAGAACGCGAUCGAGCAGAAGAUGAAGCCAGUACUAAUGCUCGUCGCAGAUCUCGAGAAGUAGAUGAACUCAAGACCAAGAUCAGAGAUUACGAGCGAGAUAUUAAACGAGCAACUGAUGACCGAGAUGAAUUUGAGCAAUCACAAAAGGAGCUCAAGAGACGCCGUGAUGAAUUUGAAAGUUUGGCCGAGAAGUCAUCCCAGGAAGCUGAGGAGACACGCUUAGCAAUGAUCGAGCUCCAAAAUACUUUAAAUAGCACUGAAAAACAACUUCGUGCCGCCGAGAAACAGAAGGCAGAUACUGGAAAACUUCUCGAGGACGCAAAUCAACGAUAUGAGAAACUUCAAAAAGAAGUCAAAUUAUUGCAGAUGAAAACAUCCAGAUUAAACGACGGUUCCUCGAGAACAAGUAUUGAUUCGGGAAGAUCAAAGAGUCCGGCGAAUGGCAGGAAAGAUGCUGCUACCACACAGGUAGAUGUUAAAUACACCAAGGCGGUUUUGUUGAAGUUUUUAUUGGAGAAGAAUAAAAAGAUUCAGGAGAGUUUGAUCACGUCGAUUCUCACAACGUUAUUCCAAUUGGACAAAAAGGAUCAGGAAGAGUGGAUUGCGGCGAUUGCGACUUGGAAGUGA